AUGCUUAUUUAUUUUACACAGGAUUCGGAUGCUGUAGCUUUAUCCGCGUGUUCAUCUCUUAUGGGAUCGAUUGUCGGAGUCGGUGGAAGAGAGAGCACUGCCGUCAAACGAAAGAUGAGCGAUAUCCAUGUUGAGCGAAGUGAGACUACUAAUGAGGAGACUGUAGACAACCUGGACAUCCCGUCUACGGAACCACGCACGACUUUGAUUGUUUCAGACAUCAAUAAAAAUGUUCAAAACAAACCGGAUCAAGAAACUUUUAUGAAAAAAAUUAGCCUACUUCAACAGAGAAUAAACGUUCUUACUGAAGCAAGAGACGCUGGUAUAGCCAACGAUGAAGUUCACGAAGAAAUAAAAAACUAA